CAAACAUGGCGAACACUUCAGCUGACAGAGAAACCUGGCCAAGGUGCCAAGAUUCACGAGAUUAUCUCAAAAAACACAAAGUUCUAGAUCUUUUCAAUAACCUUACUUCACAGUUGAUAUACGCUAGACCAGAAAAUCCCAAGCAGUAUCUGAUUGAGCGACUGGAACUUCUGAAUACUGCCAAAAGUGCCAAUAUUGAUCCUCCCUGUUUAUUUGAUGAAUCAAAUAUCACAUCGGUUUUCGGGAUGCUGGAUCCUACUGGUCGGGGUUCCAUUACCCUUCGACAAUACAGAGAAGCACUACAAACGUUAGGAAUAGACCACUUUGACCAGCACCCAGCAGGAGGUGAUGUCGACAAGAUCCAACUUGAAACAUUUGUAAGAGAAGCGAAACAUGGACUAGCAAGAGUGUCAGCUACAUAUGCGGAGAAGAAAAUGUAAAAAGAACGCAGUUCAUGGAUUUGACUUGCACUCAAAAGACACUGGAGAGAUGUUACAAAGUAAUAUGCUGAAAUUGUAUGAUAUUUGCACAUUAAGCUCACUUCCAGGUUUUCCUAUUUGCCGCACACAUUGUGAAGAUCAUUAUCAUACAUUUUCAUUGUAUUUUCAUGGCAUGGUCUCUAUUAACUGGAGAUGAACUUCGUGGGCAUAUAUGGUAUCUUAAAACUGGGCAAGUGGGACUAUUUUCAGAUUGUCAGUUUACAUUUACAGAUUCGUGUAUUUAAAAUUAUUUAUGGAAUAAAUGUGUA